UUAUUAAUUCAUGAAUACAACUAGAUUUGAGUUACUGUAUUUUGUUUGAACAACAAUAAAUUUUUACUGAGUGAAAAUUUUCUCAAUUAUGAAUCUUUUAAACUUUUAUUUCUGUUAUUUAUUUUCCAUUCAAAUUCUCAUCCUUACUGUAUACAGUUUUACACCAGUGGGCAGUGAGGAAGUCACUGGUGAUCCAGAUGAGAAACGCGAUAUAGCUGAUUUGAUCACAUCUCGAGGUUUCGAUUAUGAAGUCCACUAUGUAACAACUCAAGAUUCGUACAUUCUUGGUGUGUACAGAAUAAUUAAUCCUUUUGUUAGUGAAAAUGAACGAGAAAAACUUCGUCCAGUUGUUAUACAACACGGUUUUUUAAGCUCAGGAUCAACCUUUUUAAUCAACUCACCGGAUGGUUUCGCCUCUCCAUGUGAUCCAGCCGAUCAACUAUUGGCAUCUAAUGAUUACAAUGAUACUCACACUAAUAAUUUAGGUUUCUUACUAGCUAAUCGGUGCUAUGAUGUUUGGCUGGCUAACUCAAGAGGCAACCAUUAUUCAAGAAAUCACACAACUCUUAACCCAGACAAAGAUAAAGAAUUCUGGAAUUUUUCAUUUGACGAGAUGAUUGCGUACGACACACCUAAUUUGAUUGAUUAUGUACUCAACGUGACGAAGUUUGAAAGUCUUGGUUGGAUUGGACAUUCUCAAGGAACUUUAAUCAUGUUUGGACUUUUAUCUGAAAAGCCGGCUUAUUCACUGAAAGUAAAGCCAUUCAUUGCUCUGGCUCCAGUUACAUAUGUUGGCAAUAUAUUACUAGCUUUGCGCUUUGCUGCUGCGAUACCUGGAGCUUUGUGGACCCUUCGUAAAGCUGGAGGUGAAUUGGGUGAUUCAAGUACUAUUAUAAAGACAACAAGUCAAUUUGUUUGCGGUCGUUGGCAACCCAAAUCAUGUGAUAAUCUGGUUUAUCCCUUGGAAGGCUAUACACCUUCAAUGAUGAAUCAAAGUCGAGUAAAUGUGUUCAAAUCACAGCAGAAACUCACAGGUACAUCUGUUUGGAAUUUAGUACAUUUUGGACAAAAUGUCAACUCUCGAUCAUUUGCCAAAUUUGACUUUGGUACCAUUGAAAAUAAGAUUCGUUACAAUGGACCUUACCCACCAAAAUAUAAAAUAUCACAGAUUAACUCAACUCAGGUUGCAAUUCUGUAUGGAAAAGCUGAUAGACUCGGUGAUCCAAAAGAUCUCCAAAAAUUGGUGAAGGAAUUAAAAGUUCCUUUAUUUAAAGACUAUGAAAUUCCUAAUCCAAAGUGGGAUCACCUGGACUUUAUUUACGCUGAAGACUUGUACAAGACAGUCCACACUGUGGUUUUAGAUGUGCUUAGAGAGUCUCAAAUUGAACUGGAGAAACAGCGAUCGGGACAAAUUGCCAAGAUUUAAUUUGGAUAAAUAUUGACUCUGCAAACAAUAAUUUAAUCAAGUUGUCCACAAUAUGAAUUGAAAAUUCAAGACUUCAGUAACUUGUAUCAUUUGAUGAUACAACUAGUCAGCUCUCUUCAAUCGUUAUACAUAUUACAUGUGAAUACAUAUGAAUAAAAUUAUACUGUAAAACCUAUUUGUUACAAUGAGUUAUAAUUAUCUUACCCUAAUAAACUGGUUUGCCUAAAUGA